AGCCGAGGGGUGCUGCCCUAUUUCGCCAACUUCCGCCUCCUGUCCGAGCUCUCCACCCCAUUCGUCAACCUGCGGUGGUUCUUUGACACCGUGGGGCAGCCCCGCUCCUCCUGGUUCGUCUUGGCCAAUGGCCUGGCCAUGACCGUGGUCUUCUUCCUGGUACGCAUCGCCGUCAUCCCCAGCUACUACGCCCGCGUGCUGGCCUGGUACGGCACGCCCGAGUACGCCCGCCUGGGGCUCGCCGUGCAGGUGGCCUGGAUCGUGCCCAGCCUAGCCCUGGAGGUCCUCAACCUGGUCUGGAUGUACAAGAUCGUCCGGGGCUUCUACCGGGCCUUCUGCCGGCCCCGGGAGCGCAAGGUGGCCUGCAGCCACAGCGACUAAGCGGGAGCUGGACUUCCCCAGGGGGCAUGGCCGGGGGACCCCUAAGCUCCCGGCAGAGAUGGAAGAUCCACUCUAGUUCCCAUCAGAGCCCACAGCAACAGAAAUACCCUGGCCUGGCACUUGCCACCAGGCACCCGGACUGGUCCCCACUGAGCACCAGGGGCAUCUGGACUGGCACGUGCCCUGCGGGCACCUAGGAAAUUCAUGGAGAUCACAGACUGGCAUAUGCCCCAGGCACCCAGGAAAUCCAUGGGGCACCGGGACUGGCACUGAACACUUGGGACGUCUGGACUGGCCCACGCCCCUGGCUGGGAGCUCGGUGGGGGCCUAUCUGUGGGGCUGGCAGUGCCUCUCACAGAGGGCUAAGGCUGCCCAACCCCCAGCUAGGGGUGUUUUGGGGGGAGCCUGCGUGUCCAUGCAUAAGGGGCGCAGAGGCUCCAGCUGGGUGGGAGGUCCCAUGUGGCAGGGACAGAGCGGGGAGCCAUGGC